CAAAAAUGAAGAGAAUCAACCCUCGUUUCUUCACCAGCCUAAAAUCUCCAAGGUCUGAAAGCCAAGAAUUGAUGAGCGAUUCAGGAAUCCAGAAGGUAGUACUCCACCCAGAGAAAAUGAUCAUGAUAAAUCAGGCCAAAACUGCUCUCUUUUUCAAAAAUUCUCAACAAAGUAAGAGUAAGAAUGAGAAAUCACAGACAAUAUUUUCAAACAAGAGGAUCUCCAAUGGCUUUGGCAGCGCCAAAGCCAUUGGUCUUCUAGAGAAUAAAGAUUCUUCUCCUAUGGUGUAUCCUAAAAUUAUUCGUCCGUCUGAAGAAAUCAUCAAAAAGAUCAAUCUCUCAAAGGAAGUUAAGAAGUUCAGAUGAUCUACCUAUAGAGGAUCAAAAAAGCUUCAAGGGAAAUCUAGGUAUGUUACAUUAUACCAAAAGAUGAGGAGGCAUAAAAGCCAAGAAAAGUUAGCCAGAGACAGAAGACUUGCAACCCUGAACUCAAUGUCUUAUGGACAGUUGUUCGGGAAUUACAAGCAAUUUAUCAAUAAGAUUAAGUCUGGAAAUCUUCAGAGAAUUAAGAAGAACAAUACCAAUUUUCCUUUAAAGAAUCUUCACUUAAGACCAGGAGCUUUCAGUCCAGAUCUGAGUAGAGGGCUAUAUCCAAAACUGUCUCAUUGGAAGCCACCAAAAUCAGACCAGUUGAAAUCAAUCAUUACUGAAAUAGAGAAGCCUGUUGAAGAUUCACCAAUGAAGAACACUGACACAGAUGAGGAAUCUGAAAGCUCAUUGUCACAAAAGAAUAUAAAGUACACCACUGUGGUCAAAUACUUCAGUGACAGUAAACAAAACUCAGUAGAAUCUUCAGAAAUUUCAGAAUAUUUCGAGGAUAAACCAGACUUAGUAAUUAUGAAGAAAUAGCCAAAAGAAUUUUGCAAAGUACAUCGAAAGAGCAGUGAGGAAUGACCUAUAUCAAGAAACUAAGGAAAAUCUUGCCCAUAAGCCAGACUCUCUUCAUAGCAUAAAAGAUAUCGAAAGUGUCAUUGAGAAGGAAAAAUGGAAGAAAGAGCAUUAUGAUAGGAUCAAGUUUAUAAAACAAGCUAAAUAUUUCAGCUCUCCUCAAGGAGGAUACUACAAGAACAACUUUUCGAUAAAUAAUAAAUACUUGAACAUUAAGAGAAGCUUGUCAAGGGUGUUUAACAUUGAAGAAAAGGAGGCUUCAAAAACUUCGAGAAAGACUAUAAAAUACAGCUCGAAAAUUCAUCUCAAAGAGCUUUGUAAAGCUGAUGAAGCAGCAAAGGUUAAGGUUGGUACAAGGACCUUACAGAAGAGAAUUAGGAAAGAAAAAUACUAAAAUUUUCAAUUAUUCAGACUCCAAAA